AUGUAUCGAGUGGCGGAUCACCUAUUGGACAACUUUGCGGACACAUACGGGUCGACACCGGUCACGAACCAAGAGGUGCGCAAACAAAACCACUCCGAGAUUGAGAAACGCCGCCGCGAGAAAAUGAACAUGCUCAUCAGGCGUAUGGCACUACUCGUGCCCAUGUGUCGGGCCAUUACGGCCAAUCGCAAACUGGACAAACUCACUGUACUUCGGAUGACUGUACAGCACAUUAAGGCUGUGAAGAAACGGUCGGCGAUGGCGGAUGCGGCCGCCGGCCAUCACAUCCCGACACUUGUGACCGAGGGGUUCCUGUUUGUGGUCAGCUGCGAUCGUGGUAAAAUAUUAUACGUGUCCAAUAGUGUAAAGAAUACGCUGAAUUACAAUCAGAGGGAUCUGUUGGGCAUGAGUUGGUUCGAUGUCCUGCACCACAAAGACAUACCCAAAGUGAAGGAACAGUUGUCUUUGUGGGAGUCAUCCAUGUCUUCAGCGUCUGGUGUCUGCCCUAAAGACAGACUCAUUGACGCCAAGACUUUACUAACAUUAGGAGAUGGUAUGGCCGGCGGUGAACACCGGGAAGGGGUGGACACGACGGCCAACACCGACGACGACGAUCACGACCCGAUGGACUCGUGUCCGGGCAGUCGCCGCUCGUUUUACUGUCGCAUGAAAUACAAGUUUCACGUCAACCGUACGGACGGCAAAGGGCUCCCAGUGUUGGCCACACCGGGUAAACGCCGCCGGAUUACCAUCACUAACGACAAGUACUGCGACCUCUAUUGCACGGGUUAUCUGAUGCCAUGGAUACCGGCUGUGGACACCACUCCGAUGGCCACAACCAGCGGAUCCCUGUCCACAGACGACGAGAUGGUCAGUGAUUUUGGCUUAUGGAGUGCCAGUGGAGGUGUGGGUGGGGUCGCUGGUGGUAUGCAUACGGGCUGUUUGGUAGCGAUGGCUCGAGUGAUGCCCCAAACCGAUCGUCAACAUCACGUCCCGGACAAGAGUUUUCCCGUCAAACCCCAUCAGUACGCGUCCCGACACAGUAUGGACGGCAUGUAUCUGUUUGUGGACCAGAGGUAUGACAAC